ACUCAUUUUCAUUCCUUUCAUUCUUUCAAACAAUUCUUCCAUUCUUCAUUUCUCUUCUUUCUCUUGCUUUCCCUCUCUUCUUUCCUCCAAAACCCUCCAUCUUUGCCUCUCUAGGUUUUUCGUUUUUCGAGUUUUUCACCACUAUCGCUUCCACCAAAUUCUUUGCUUAUUUAUCUAAAUAUUACUUGAUUUUUUUGUUAGUUUAAGAAAAAAAAAUCCCUACAUGCUUGGGAACUCAGAUUCAUUUCUAGGUCACAAUCCAUCUAUUUAUUCAUUCUUGAAUUUUUCUUGAAUUUGCUUUAACGUUAAGAAUAACUGCCCAGUAUCAGGCUUUUUUUCUAAGAAGUUUCUGGAUCAGCGUUGGAUCGUAUGUGUAGUAUGUGCCAUUAUUGCGGUGCAAGCUUGACGGAAUCAAAUGCUGACAAUAAGAAACAUGGAAAUCAGAUUAGUUUAAAGUUGAAUGGGAAAGUCCCCUUAAAACAUUGUAAAUCUUGUGGAGGGAAGCUAGAUCGAGAAAGUGUGAAAUGUCAUAGUACGAGUCCAUUUGCGACACCGUAUAUCAGUCCAACUACAUCAAUGUCAAGUACUGACAGCUGUGUGUCCACUUCCAGCGAAUUUUCAGUUGAUGCGAACUCAUUUGACAGGAAUAGCCAAGAAGAUAGUGUAGUCGAAGGUGUUAUGGAAAAUCUUGAUCAUAAGUUCAACCUGAAAUCAGGGAAUAUGAUGGAAAACGAUACUCCAAGACUUGGGAUACAGGAGAUCGAUGACUAUACUAUGAGAGACGUGGAGAUUACAGACGGAGAUAGCUUUCAAGACGCUAAAGCCGACGAAAAUGAAUAUUCUUUUCCCGAUAAUUUGGAUAAUCAAACUUGGGAACCACCUGAGCCAGAAAACCCUCAAGAUGAAAUGGACAAUAGUGUGGCUUGUAAUGACGAUGAUGAAGAACAGGGCAUCGAGAUUGCAAACUUGGGCGAACGAACAUCUAUGAGUAGUUCUAAGGAUGAAUUAUGCGGGGGCUAUAAGUUUAGAGCGGAAAGAGAAAAAGAAUUGGUAAAAGUAAUGAAUGGGAAAUUUAAGGCCCUUGUAGGCCAGCUUCUUAAAUCUGUUGGAGUUUCCUCUUCCGAUGAAGGUGAUAAGAGUUGGGUAGACAUAGUUACACAUUUGUCUUGGGAAGCUGCUGCGUUUUUGAAGCCUGAUGGUAUUGGAGGUAAUGCAAUGGAUCCUGAUGGGUUUGUUAAAGUGAAAUGCAUUGCAGCUGGUUCUCGCAGCCAAAGUCAACUAUUCAAAGGUUCGGUCUUUAAGAAACAUGCCGCUCACAAGCAUAUGCCAACUAAGUACAAAAAUCCAAGGUUGCUACUCAUUAGGGGCAUGCUUGGCCAUGCUAUGAAUGAGCUGUCCUCAUUUAAAUCCAUGGCUCAGGAGAAAGGCUAUCUGAAAUCUAAAAUGGAUCUUAUAAAUAUAUGCCAUCCAAAUGUUAUAUUAGUGGAGAAAACAGUUUCUCGUGAUAUACAAGAGGCAAUUCUGGAUAAGGGGAUGACACUAGUACUUGAUAUGAAGAUUCAUCGACUGGAAAAAGUUGCACGCUGCACUGCUUCACCAAUUAUGUCAUGUGAUGAUUUGGACAGCCAAAAACUAAGAAAGUGUGAUUCUAUUUAUUUUGAGAGAUUUGUGGAGGAACAUGAUGCUAAUGGUGAAGGAGGAAAGAAGCCCACCAAGACCUUGAUGUUCAUUGAAGGAUGUCCUACACGUUUGGGCUGUACGAUUUUGUUGAAAGGAACACACAGUGAUGAGCUAAAGAGAAUCAAAUGUGUUGUGCGGUGUGCAGUUAUCAUGGCAUAUAACUUAAUCCUGGAAACCUCCUUUCUUGUUGAUCAGAAAGCAAUGUUCUCUACCUUUCCUCCAGUUACUGUGGCAGAUAUUUUGCCAAUUAAUCAAGAAUCCAGCGAUUCAUCAUCUAUUAAUUCAAGUGUUCCACCGACUCUUGAGCAUUCAGAUGAAAAUGGAGUAGUUAGUACUGAUAUUCCCAUAUACAAUGGACUUCAUGAAAAAAGCAACAAUGGUUUAACUGUAGAAUCUGAAGAAUUAUCCCCAUUUUCUUAUGAACCAUAUAAUCCAGCCAUCUUUACUGGAUUCUCAGCGAUUUCAACUUCUCUGAAGAAGGUAAUGGGGGAUAGUUUUCCCUUUGCAUCUGCUGCUUCUUACCAGUCUUUAUCAGCAUACCUUGGCUUCAAUGGAAGGAGACCCGAUGGCCAGGUUAACACUUCUGUUUCUAUUGAAGAGUUUCCCGAGGCAGAUGAAAAUACCAGGAUUGAAGAAAAUAAUGAUUCCAAUGAAAUAAAUUUACUUAAUGAUGAACAAUCCCCGUCCUCACCUUUGCACUUAGAUUCCAAUGGUGAUAUAAGUAAAGUUGAUAGUGAUAAAAAAAAACUCCAAAGUAAAGAUGAUAUCAAUGCAGUGUUAGAUUCUCAGAGUAUUUUGGUCUUGAUGUCUAGCCGUAAUGCUUCAAAAGGAACCGUAUGCCAGCAAAGUCAUUUUUCCCAUAUUAUGUUCUACAAGAAUUUUGACAUCCCACUUGGAAAGUUUUUGCAGGAUAACCUACUCAAUCAGACAAGACAUUGUGACACCUGUCAAGAAUUGCCAGAAGCGCACCUUUAUUAUUAUGCACAUCACAAUAAACAGCUCACUAUACUAGUGAAACAAUUGGCAACAGGAGAUUUUUUACCUGGGGAGGAAGAGGGGAAAAUUUGGAUGUGGAGCCGCUGUGGUAAAUGCAAGUCUUGCUCUACAAAGAGAGUGUUGAUAUCCACCACUGCCCGCAGUUUAUCAUUUGGAAAAUUUUUGGACCUUAGCCUUUCUCAUUAUUCAUCUAGCAGCAAAUUGAGCUGUGGCCACUCUCUUGAUAGGGAUUUUCUUCACUUCUUUGGACUAGGUUACAUGGUUGCAAUGUUCAGAUAUUCUUCAGUUGCUACUUAUACUGUGUCUAUGCCUCCUCACAAGCUAAAAUUUGGUGGUGCUAUAAAACAAGAGUGGCUUAUGGAAGAGACCGAUAAAGUGCACAUGAAAGGCAUAAGACUGUUCACAGAAAUUGCAAACUGUUUGAAGACAGUAAACUUUGAUGGAUCAAAUCCUAACCGAGGAUCAAAAAGAGAGUUCUCCGAGGUUGAGAAGAUGUUAAAGAAUGAACGAGAAGAGUUUGAGGUUUACAUCAAGAUGGUGGUUGCUAAGAAAGUUGAUCCAGAUCAGGCUACCUUCAAUCUUCUCAGUCUUAACCGAUUGAUGUGGGAUCUUCUUAUUGAAUCCGUUGUGUGGGGUCAACGCUUGAAAUCACUAUGCUCACCUGAGAAAGUUGUGCAAGAGUACAGCUAUUCGAAGGUGGAAGGUAUUGCUGGUAGAGAAGUUGCAUCUAGAGGUAAUUUUAGGGAAGAUGGCAAUGUGAAUGGGGACACCCAUGUGAAAUUUAUGUCAGAAACAUCUGUGAAAGUAAAUGAAAUCUCAAUAAAGGAAAUCCCUAUCAGUGGAUCUCCUCUAGAGUGCAAUGAACAGGGUGAUCCAUCUAAAACUUUUGAUAUCCCACAGAAUGUGAAAAUACAAACUGUUGACGGUUUGGGAUCAAAGGGAUAUUCUGACCCCAAGUUGGAAUCGAGUUCAAAUGUUUUCACUCAGUUUCCUUCAGCAAAUGGCCAUAUUCAAGUACAUCAAAACUUUCCAGUUGCUAUAAAUAUUCAACCUAGUCGUCCAAUUGCUGAUUCAAAGGUGUUAAACCAGAGUGCUUCACUGUAUUCACCUGUUUCCAAAUUGCAAGAUUCGGAUGAAUGGUUCUGGAAGCCAUUUUCUGAUAUUCGGCAGAUAGGCAUAAGGGAAUUUCAGAGAAGCUUCUUUCCAAAAUUUGAAUAUCUUUGCAGCUCUAUCUCAGAACAUGUGCCCACAGCCAAUCAAUUCACCACUGAGGAAGGUCCAAGGUUGCACAUUCCUCUCAAGACAGAUAAUCAUGUCGUGUCUGACUUUGAGGGUGAACCCUCAAGCAUAAUUGCUUGUGCACUGUCCUUGUUGAAAGACUCAUCUGAGGUGACAGAAAUUGAUGAAGGUGAUGUGAAAGAAGGUGGGAUAACUUCAAAAUCUACAGAUUCUUUGCACGACUCUCUAGAUUCAGAUUCUGUGCAUUCUACUGGAAGCAUGUCUUCAGAAGAGUCAAGAUCAUUUCGUGCCACAGGAAACCAUAGCAAAGAAGUUCAUCUGGGUUAUGCAAAAUCACUUGGGAGGGAAAAAUAUUCUGUGGUUUGUCAUUAUUAUAAGCAGUUCCGUGCACUUAGAAGUUGUUGUUGCUCAUCUGAGAUUGAUUAUAUUGCUUCUUUAAGCCGUUGUAUGAAUUGGGAUGCCAAAGGUGGAAAAAGCAAGUCUUUUUUCGCAAAAACACUUGAUGAGAGGUUCAUCAUAAAGGAAAUCAAGAAGACGGAACUUGAAGCAUUUUUGGGAUUCUCUUCUCUAUAUUUCAAACACAUGAGAGAGUCAUUUGAGUCUGGUAGCCAAACAUGUCUAGCAAAAGUCUUGGGGAUAUAUCAGGUUACUAGAAGACACAUUAAAAGUGGAAAAGAGGUUAAACAUGACCUCAUGGUGAUGGAAAAUCUUGCCUACAAUCGAAAUAUUGUACGCCAGUAUGAUCUUAAAGGUGCUCUUUUUGAGCGGUAUACUUCUGAUGCUGCUGGUGCUGAGGAUGUUCUUUUGGAUCAGAACUUUGUGGAAGACAUGAACUCUUCCCCAUUAUAUGUCAGUCAUAAAGCAAAGCGAGUUCUUCAGCGUGCUAUUUGGAAUGACACAUCUUUUCUCAAUUCAAUCAAUGUGAUGGAUUACUCCUUACUUGUUGGAGUUGAUUCUCAGAAGCGCGAGCUUGUUUGCGGAAUCAUUGAUUAUCUCAGGCAGUAUACCUGGGACAAGCAUCUGGAGACAUGGAUGAAGUCUUCACUUGUAGUGCCCAAGAAUCACAUGCCAACUGUAAUUUCUCCAAAGGAGUACAAGAAGCGGUUUAGAAAGUUUAUGUCUACAUAUUUUUUUAGUGUACCAGAUCAUUGGUGCUCUCAAAAGUUCCCUGUUCCUUGCAAACUUUGUUGCUCAGGAAAAGAUGACCCUUCCCAAAUGGUUUCUCUUCCUAAAUCUUUUUAAUUAUCAAAUGAAUUAUACAAAUUGGGAAUUUUUGCGAACAUGCAACUAUUUUAGCACUGCAUAGACGGCCGAUAUUGUUUAAAAACCUAACCCCUGGUAUUCUGCAAUUUUUAAGAAUUUCCAGGGAUGUUGUCAUUUACUGGUUCAUCCUGUACAACAUGAGAUGAGUUAUUAAUUUAUUUUUUUUGUAAAUCCAAAGGAAGAAUGUAAAGGGAAUGUACAUUUAUAGAGUUAGAGUACAUUCGAUAGAGUUAAAGUAUAUUUGAAGUUAGAAUACAUUUGAUUUGAUAGAGUUAAAGUAUAUUUGAUAGAGUUAAAGUACAUGCUUUAAGUUGGUUC